UAUAACAAAACUAAGUAGGGUGAAUAGAGAAAGAGAAAGAGAAAGAGAGUUGUGUAACCUAUAUACAUAACAAAUCCUGUUCUUAAUUAGUUAAUUAGUUGUUACAUCAAGUAAUGGAUGUAGCUUCGGCAAGUUCUUCUUUGGCCAUUGUAGGCCCUCAGUACUGUGCUCCAUAUCCACUGCAGCUCAUCUUCGCCGAGAAGGCUCCCGGAGUGAAGCGUAAAAACCUCGCCGUCACCGAUAUCUUCGGCAAUCUCAUCUUCAGGACCGAGAAAGCCGGCUCGCUUUUCGCCCACCAGCGUGUAAUUGUUGAUGCCGCCACCGGUUAUGUUAUCCUCUCUGCUGAGAAGAAGAUGAUGAAUCUGAAUGAAGAGUGGCAUGUAUUCAGAGGCAACAGCUUUGACCCGAGAGAUCUGUUAUUCACUGUUCAAAGGACUGCGGCGGUUCAGAUCAAGACCGAUCUGAACGUGUUCUUGGCGACGAACAUGCGAAAAGAUGCGUUCGAUUUCAAAGUAGAAGGAAGCUACUACAUGGGCUCAUGCAAGAUCUCCAGCAGUGACUCCUCCGUAAUCGCAGAAAUGAGCAAGGAGGACACGAAGCUGAAGAAGGGAUCCGUCGCCGUGUCCGUCGACCCCAACACCGACUUCGCUUUUGUCGCUGCGCUCAUGGUGAUACGCCAUGAGUUCCACGUAGAGGGGAAGAAGAUGAUCUUCACCGCGGCGUUCUCAGGUGGCACCUCUGUUCCUGCCACCGUUGCCAAACUAGCCCUACGCCGACUCACCUAGCCGAGGCCCUCAAUAUUUCUUUGGAAAAAUUGCAUGCUUUACUAGUCCCAAACUUUAGUCGAGUUUUAUGUUGGUCCUCAAUUCAAGAGCUCAAGCAUUUAAAAAAGUUUCACUUAAGCCCUUAUAUAUCUUAUAUAAAUAAUUAUUGGUCGCAGCUAGUUUAUCUUCGUGUUUGUGUACCACAAACUUAAUGGUCCAGUUUCUAUGAAUUUUUUUAAUUUUUUUAAUACUUUUCAGAAAAACCAAACAGCCCCAAAAGCUCAAGGUUAAAACUUAACCAAGAAUUUGGGGACUAAUGGUGUUGUUUAUCCAUAUUUCUUUCGUAACACUGCUUAGUAUAAAUAAAUAUUUUAUAUUUCAUGGUUCUGGGGAGGAAGGGAAAUUAUAUAUGAUUCCCCCAUUUGUAAAUCUCAAAUCUUAUAUUUUCGUUUGUUGCAUUAU